CUAUCAGUCGACUCUGAAGAUCCCCAGUUUCAGCAAAUACGCUUCCAGCAAGCCUCCCCGUUCGAACCAGGUUUUCUCCUACUUCAUGGCCGGAGCCCUCGGUCUCGGAUCUGCUGUUGGUGCCAAGGCUACUGUUCAGGGUAGGUGAUAUCAGGCAGUUCACGACAAGAGAUGGAAUUGAACGAAGGGAUUGAAUGUCGCUUUGGAAUACAAUUGCGGGGAAUUCGGCAGUUUGGGUCGUUUGGUAUCACAUGGAGCAGGUUGCUGAUAUGCAAUUUUUACCAUCAGACUUCCUCGUGAACAUGUCCGCCUCUGCCGACGUCCUGGCUCAGGCCAAGGUUGAGAUCGGUCUCGCUUCGAUUCCCGAGGGCAAGAACGUCAUCAUUAAGUGGCGUGGAAAGCCCGUUUUCAUCCGUCAUCGUACCCAGGACGAAAUUCAGGAGGCUCAGCAGUAUGACUGGAAGACUCUCCGUGAUCCUCAGCCCGAUGAGGACCGUGUCCAGAAGCCCGAGUGGCUGGUCAUGCUUGGUGUCUGCACUCACCUUGGUUGUGUCCCCAUUGGUGAAUCCGGUGACUAUGGCGGCUGGUUCUGCCCCUGCCACGGUUCUCACUAUGAUAUCUCCGGCCGUGUCCGGAAGGGUCCUGCCCCUUUGAACCUCGAGGUUCCCCAGUACAGCUUCCCUGACGAGAGCACCCUUGUCAUUGGUUAAACAUCUCUUCUUUGUGAGUCAUCAAAUGUUCUAGAUCAAAGAGAGACGAAGAAGAGGGGAGUGUUUGUGCUUUAGACGGUUAGCUUUGUUGCGUCUGUCAAGACUGAAGAGACCGUGUUUUAAUAUGGACCCAAAAAUGAGCUCUUGUACCAUCUUUCAACAUGCGCUGUUCAGGCCCCUGUAUCACUCACUUGUCUGUGGAAUUCUUGUGUUUCAGUAUAGACUUUCCUCGUUCUGAGACCUUGCCUCACGCGCAUACGGGUCAAAAGCGAGUUGUCCGUUCCUCUUACUCGUGGCAGCUGAUAAAGCAGUUGGAAGUUGAGGUUGAUCUGCAGUGAGAGGUG